UAUGAGGAAGAAAUAAAGAAAGGAUCGAGAAGCAAAAAGGAUACUUCAUGCACGAAUCAAUUAUCUAAGUUCCCUCAACCAAACUUAAAUUUUAUUUGGUAUGGUAAUUGCUUGAUAAAGAAUGUAUCACAAUGUAUCAUCAACAUGCAUUUGUUUAAUAAAGGUUUCUUUUUUGUCCUGAAAAAGAAAAAAAAAACUCUUUUUGCAUUUGUGUUGAAUCAUAUGGAUCAAAUAAACGAAACACCUGAGAAACUUUGUGAACUGUUAAAAUUGAUAAGGAUAAAGCCAGCACUUAUUUUCGAAGUGCAGCCAAUAAAG